CGAUCGUGGCUUUAAAAGUGUUCAUCAGAACUAUGACUUUUUCUACAGAAAUACCGCUGUUCAUAAUUUAAAAAUGGUACCAUUGAAUAGAGCACAUUUUUUUCUAUCUUUUGGUAUAUUGUUUGUGUAUAUUUUGUAUUAAAGAUGAGUGACAGCGAAGAAAGUUUUACUGAAGAAGAAAGUUGUACAAGCGAAGAAUAUUUAAGUAGCAGUGAUGAUAGUUUAUUGAUGAAGGCACAAUAUUUUUUAUUGAAAAAUUGUAUACAAAUUUAUUUAAUUUAAAUAUAUCACCAAAUCUAAGCAUUUGAAGUUUUUAUUUUUAUGUAGAAUCCGGUUCUGAUGACAAAGCUGGUGUUGAUGAUGUUUUAGAUUUGUGGCUUCCUGUUGUAGGAGAUGACAAUGGCCCUAAUGUUUUUGCUUUUACUGGUGUACCAGGACCCAAACAUACUAUUUCACCAGAAUCAAAGCCCAUUGAUUAUGUUGAAUUAUUUUUCACUAUAGAGUUUUUGAAAAAGUUAGUAACUUAUACCAACCAGUAUGCUGAUGCAUGGAUACAAAGUAACCAACAGCAUUUGAGAUCUCAUCCAUUGUCGAUAGGUCAUGUAUGGAUAAAGCAAGGAAAAACAAAUCUUUUAGAAAUAAAGGCAUUCCUUGGUGUUGUUAUCAAUAUGGGUCUAAUCAAGAAAGCUAGUAUUAAACUAUAUUGGGAUAUUAGUCAUCCUUGUGCUUCCACUCCCUGGUUUGUUACUCAUUUCAAUCGUGACCGUUUUCAACUUUUACUUAAAUUUAUUCACUUUACUGAUAUCUCUAUCCCUAAUCAACAGCAACUAAAUAGGAUUUAUAAAGUUCAGUAUUUAGUUGAACAUUUUAACAAAAAAUUUCUCUAUUUUUAUAUUCCUCAAAAAGAUAUUUCUAUAGAUGAGAGCAUGAUUGGUUACAAGGGAAAGACACCACAUCUCCGCCAAUAUAUGCCAAACAAGCGUCAUUCUCGAUUUGGAAUAAAAUUAUGGUGUGUUUCAGACAGCACUAAUGGGUAUUUAUCUCAGUUUGAAAUUUACAAGGGAGGAAAAAAUCCAGAUGAAGCUGUUGUUGCCCAUGGUAUGACUUACAACUUGGUUUUUCGUCUUUUGCGUCAAGCCAACCUCCUUCAUCAAGGUUAUCACUUAGGUAUUGAUAACUAUUACACUUCUCCACAACUGCUAUUGGAUCUAUAUCUACAUCAAACUACAGCAACAGGAACAGUAAGAGUAAACAGAAAAGGUCUGCCAGAAAUCUGCCUUAAAACAAAAUUAAAAAACAAAGAAGUUUGCCAAUAUAGAAAAGGUCCUUUGUUAUGUGUGGCAUAUCAAGAUGGUAAAAAAAAACCUGUAUUACUGUCUACUGUUGCCAAAGCAGGUUUUACUGAAUUGCGCAACAGAAGAGGUAGUUUAGUUAUGAAGCCAAACGUUGUUGCCCUAUAUAAUCGAACCAUGGGAGGGGUAGAUUUGGGAGAUGCACAGCUCUACAUUUACCUGUCAGAGCGUAAGACAAUAAAGUGGACUACAAAAGUUGCCUUUUCUUUAUUUGGCAGGGCUAUUCUUAACAGCUACUUAUUGUAUAAGCUUAACACUAUUGAACAUAAGCCUAUGUCUAGAAUAAGUUUUAUGAUGGCAGUUGUGGAAAGUUUAGCUGGAGGGUAUCAACCAGUAAAAGUAGUAUCAAAAAGACGAACAUCUAGGGAGAUGGAAACGGCAAGAAGUACAAUUGUACCAUAUCCACUUCCUCAACACACAGCAAUUAAUAAUCCUUUAUAUGGACAUAACCUUGUCAAAAUUGGUUCAGGAAAAAAAAUAAAAUGUGUAGCUGGGCACCAAACCCGUGUUCGUACCAGUUGGCAGUGUCAGUCAUGUUGUGUUGGACUGUGCCCUGGAUGCUUUUCAAAUUACCACACAACAGCUAUAAAUUAAAUACAUCGCAUUUCUUAAAUUCUUCUAAAAACUAGAAAAAGAAAACUAAAAUUAA